AUUUCCCAGUCUGGAGGGGAAAUCGAAAGCCAGUUGGGUUAGAGAACUGAGGAGCGAGCGGGCAGAGGCAGAGAUAGAGAAGAGAAAGAGACUGAAAGAAGAACGUCACCGGGAUUUCAUUCUCCUCAGUCGCUGGUUAUACCAUUCACAAUCCACUUGUCUAUUCUUUAACCUAAUUUAAAAUCCCUAAUCUGUUCAAUUUCACAUUUACUUUUCAAUUUCUUUCUGUUAGCCUCAAUAAUCCACUUCUUGUUCUUUCACUUGGGGCAUCGAGUUUUGCCCUUCUUCCGAUUCUCCACCGCCGCUGAUCUUGGUUUUGUACAGUGUUUUCUUCCAACUGACUUGUCUGGGUGAAAGGAGAUAGCGCAGAUUGAACCCUUUACAUAUGGGAGAGCACACGCAAGUGCAGGUUCAGACUCAGACCCAAAGCCAAUCUCAAGCGCAAUCGCAGGCUCAGAACACGUUUCAUGAAUCCUCCAACUCCACAACCACUAUCGCCCAAGCUACUGUGGCAUUAAGCGAGGUGAUGAAUGCGCCAUCGCAAACCUCUUCUCCGCCAUCCAAAAUGCCCUUGCGUCCGCGGAAGAUCCGGAAGCUCUCGCCUGAUGAAUCGGAUCCAAAUUCCUCUCAGGUUGUUGCCAUUCCGGAUGGGCCGAAACCUAUAGCCACCAGCAAAUCUAACAAGAGCAAGACGGCCCAACAACGCGCCGCAUUCGCGUCUGCCCCGGUAAUGCUUGCCCGAUCACUUUCCUGUGAAGGCGAGGUGGAAGUCGCGCUUCGGCAUCUCCGGAAUGCCGAUCCGCUCCUUGCACCUUUGAUCGACCUUCAUCAACGUCCUACCUUCGACAGUUUUCAAACCCCAUUCCUUGCCCUUACUAGAAGUAUCCUUUAUCAGCAGCUGGCUUACAAAGCUGGCACCUCAAUCUACACUCGUUUCAUCGCUCUCUGUGGCGGCGAGGCUGGCGUUCUUCCUGAAACUGUACUUGCCUUGAGCCCUCAACAGCUCAGGCAAAUUGGAAUUUCGGGUCGUAAAUCUAGUUACCUUCAUGAUCUUGCGAGGAAGUAUCAAAAUGGGAUUCUUUCAGACCCCGCAAUUGUAAAUAUGGAUGAUAAAUCGCUUUUCACGAUGCUUACAAUGGUCAAUGGAAUUGGGUCUUGGUCUGUUCAUAUGUUCAUGAUUUUCUCGCUGCACAGACCAGACGUGCUUCCUAUCAAUGAUCUUAAUGUUCGCAAAGGUGUUCAACUUCUCUACAAUCUUGAAGAGUUGCCUCGACCAUCGCAGAUGGAUCACUUAUGCGAGAAGUGGAGGCCGUAUCGAUCGGUUGGGUCGUGGUAUAUGUGGAGGUUUGCUGAGGCGAAGGGGGCUUCUUCAAGCGCAGCAGCAAUAGCUGCUGGUGCUAGUUUACAACUGCAGCAACAAGAGCACCAGCCGGAGCACCAGCAUCAACAGCAGCCGCAGCUUCUUGACCCACUUAAUAGCAUUCUCAAUCUUGGGGCCUGUGCUUGGGGGCAGUGACUCGGAUCGAAAAGAGUACAUCUUUGCAGAUAGCCCAAUCAGUUCAUCCACUGAAUGAUAAGUAUGCCAAUUAUGUGGGAGUAGAAGACUCAGCAAUGAAUAUUUGGCUCCUCGAGGUUGGAUACUCUAGACUUCAAUAUUAAAUAAUGAAAUGACAUGUGCUAGUUUCCUUCUCUAGGUAGGUUGAUGUCACUUUUAAGGCCGUCAACAUGUAUCAUGUGGCAAGGGAUAUUGAUAGAAUGUUCCUCUUGAAUGUCUGUGCUUUCAAUGUGAUUUAGCACGAGUUCGACUUCGAGAAACCCGCUUGUUCACUUGCGCAUAUUCAACGACACAACAAUCUGUAAUGACUUUAUGAUCCAUCUUUUACCCUUUUCUCUACUUCAAUUUUUCUGAAACAUUUAUCUUAGUUUGUACAUAGAAAAUAAUCAUUUAUGCGGAUAGUCGAUGGCUGGCUGUGACGUUUGCUAUUCGGACUUGUAAUCCUAUCUCAUCUUGCCUCAUCUAUUCAACAUGGGAGAAAAUGCAUUAUUGCUCA